GCCAGAUGCCUGGCCAUCCGACCUGAUGCCUGGUGACCCAGUGCCCGCUGUCAUACCUGGUGACCCGAAGCCUGCUGUCGAGCCAGACAAUCCGGUACCUGAUGACCCGCCCACUGCCUUGCCAGAUGACGCGGUGCCCGCUGUCGAGCCAAAUGACCUGAUGCCUGGUGACCCGAUGCCCGCUGUCCAGCCAGACGAUUCAAUGUCUGCCCCAGUGCCCGCGGUCAUGCCAGUUGACUCGGAACCCACUGCCUUGCCAGAUGACGCGAUGCCCGCUGUCCAGUCAGACGAUCCAAUGUCUGACCUAGUGCCAGCGGUCAUGCCAGUUGACUCGGAGCCCACUGUCGUGCCUGGU